CAAAGUGCUGUUGCACCGUAUUAUUUCUUGUCAGUGCACUGCAAAAUCUACACAUAUGUACAUAUGCUGCCUCUAAGAAGCAACAGAAAGGCUCUAAACAUGAAACUCUCUUGGCUUGUGAUCUGGGCUGGAACACUGUUUCUAAAUUCAGUCACUGCUGACUGCAAUAGUACUUCUCAAAUGGUCACUUGUGAGGAGUCUGGAAAGAACCUCUCUAAUAUCCCCACUAACCUUUUCCAAAAUGUUACUAACUUAAGCCUGAAAAAUAACAAAAUCACUUUAAAAGAUAGUGACAAAGAUAUUCUUCAAAGUUUUAUUAACCUCACUGAACUCUAUCUAAAUGAAAACAUGAUUACCCUACUGUAUAAUAACAGCUUCUGCAAUCUGACAAAACUCAUAAUUCUGGAUAUCAGCAACAAUCAGAUUAGCACAGUUCAUAAAGCAGCAUUUGCAGGUUUAAAUCAACUGUUAGUGUUGAAUCUAUCCUAUAACAUGAUUACUCAACUAGACUCAGGUGUAUUUACCUCCCUAAACAGUCUGACAGUUCUAAACCUACACUAUAAUUUGCUGAAAUCUUUUGAUAUAAAAUCAGCUUUGAAAGUGAUUAAAAUUGUUUUAUCUGGAAACCCAUGGACUUGCUCCUGUGACCUCCUUGAUUUACAGAUCAGGUUAACUGCCUCUGGAGUGGCAAUUGAAAAUGAAAACAACACUACAUGUACUUUUCCAAACACCGAGGAAAGAUUCUCCAUCCAGACAGCAGCCAUCCUACUAGCUGACUGCAAAACUCAAAAAGCUUCCUUAGAAAACACUACCACUUCCACUUCUGCUAUUAAGCUUAGAAGGAGUGCCUUACUAACAACUCUGACUCCAAAAAACAUCACUGGAAACAAUGGAACACAUGCAGAGUUACCACGUCUUGGCAAAAGCUGGACCUUCCUAGCAGGUGUCCUAGGGUUUGUCCUAAGCACUACGCUUCUGAUUUUUACUGCUAUAAAGUGCCCAACAUGGUAUCAACAUCUGAUCAGCUACCGUCACCGUCGUCUGGAAGAACGUGACUCAGAGAUGUUUGAACAGGAGUUCUCAGCUGACAUGAGUUCUUCCCCUACAGUAUCGGGUACAGACAAUGAAGAUGCCACAGUAAUAUUUGAGAAAAUUCAUGCAUUUGUGCCUGGGGAAGAUGGAUUUAUUGAGGAUAAAUAUAUAGAUAUAGACUCUUAUGUAACUGAGGAGAGUUAAUGUCAUAAACAAUGGAUGAUGAACUGACUUAUGAAAACUGUGGUGGACUUGUACAUCUGCAUUACACUACUGAAGUACAAUACAAAAUGAAGCUAAGCAGUCCCGUCUCCUUUCAUCUUGUCAAAUCCAUAACAAGGUAUUACU